AUGGAUAUGUUUAAAAGCAUACCGACUCAUAUGGAUUUUGAUGGACAAGGAAAAGCAGAAAAAUAUUCUAGAUUUAUAAUAACACUCUUUGGAGUUGUCGGUUUGCUUUGGGGUUAUAUAAUACAACAAUUUUCACAGACUGUGUACAUAUUAGGAGCUGGAUUUGUUUUAGCCGUAUUGAUGACAGUACCACCAUGGCCAAUGUAUAGAAGGAAACCUUUACAAUGGCAAAAACCUAGACCGGAUUCCGAUUAUAAUAAUGAAUCAAGUGGAAAAUCGAAGAAAAAGAAAUAA